GCCCCGAUAACUAUAAUGACCCCAAUGACGAUGAAGCCCCUGGUAACUAUAAGAAGCCAAAAAAUCUUCAAAAAUUGGCUCCAGUAAAUGGUGAUUUCGAACUUGCAAGUUUGUAUAUUCAACAGGCCAAUUCUCAAGUAUCGCUGGCAAAUGCACUUGAUAAUCUUGAAGUAGCUUCUGAUGAAUCAAGCUAUGUACUUGCCAAGCAUGAUCAAAAUAUUCAUAAGAAGGGUGAUCGAAACAAGAAGCCUAAGGAUAUUGAAAAAAAUUCAAAUAAUAAAGAUUUUAUUGAAAAAUUUUUAACAAGAAAUACGUUUCAUAAUUGCACUUUCAAUUUUUAG